AGAGAAUUCUGAGCGAUUCUUUCGUCUUCUCCAGCCUUCAAAUUCCAUUACCAACUGUUUUCGUGUUCAUCGAACAACAAAUAAUCCAAUUCGGAGUGAUUAUACCUUCUUUGAUCUUACAUGACGAUGAUUCGGAGGAUCGCCACCGCCAGACUUACUAAAUCCGCUCUUAUCGCCGCCGUUGAUGGCUCUACUUCCGCCUCCCGCCGUCAGUCUCAGUCUCCAUUCCGGUUAUCCUCUCUUGCUCGCGCAUGCGACGUUAUCUCUCCCUCCUCCUCCUCUGAUGCUAUCAGGUCUGGGAUUUCUGCCAACGACAGACCUUACUUUCUUCGAGGUUUCAUUGGACACAACAGGAUUUCUUCAUCACUUCCUCGUCUUUAUUCCACUAUCUCCAAUCCUUCUCAGUUCAAUAAUAAGGAUUACACCGAGAUGGCAUGGGAGGGGAUUGUUGGUGCUGUAGAGGCUGCACAAGGUAGAAGACAAAUUGUAGAAUCCGAGCAUUUAAUGAAAUCCCUUUUGGAGCAAAAGGAUGGGUUAGCAAGAAGGAUACUAACCAAGGCCGGGCUGGACAACACAUCAGUUUUGCAAGCUACAGAUGACUUCAUAGCUCAACAACCAAAGGUCAGUGACACCAGUAGGCCUGUACUCGGGUCACAUCUCAGUUCUUUGUUGGACAAUGCGAGAAAGUAUAAAAAAGAAAUGGGAGAUGACUUUGUUUCUGUGGAACAUUUUAUAUUGGCAUUCCCUUCAGAUAAAAGGUUUGGAAAACAGUUGUUCACGAACUUGCAGCUAAGUGAGCAGACAUUGAAGGAUGCUGUUCAGGCUGUCCGUGGAAGUCAGAAAGUGACAGAUCAAAACCCUGAAGGGAAAUAUGGGGCACUUGAAAAAUAUGGCAGUGACUUGACUGAACUUGCUAAAAGGGGUAAGCUCGAUCCGGUCAUAGGUAGGGAUGAUGAAAUCCGGCGGUGCAUACAGAUUCUAUCUAGAAGAACAAAAAAUAACCCUGUUAUCAUUGGUGAGCCUGGUGUGGGGAAAACCGCAAUUGCUGAAGGGUUAGCUCAACGGAUUGUGCGUGGAGAUGUUCCAGAGCCUCUUAAGAAUCGUAAGCUGAUCUCUCUCGAUAUGGGCUCUUUGCUUGCUGGUGCUAAAUACCGAGGUGACUUUGAGGAGAGACUUAAAGCUGUUCUGAAGGAGGUUACAACUUCUAAUGGUCAAAUUGUUUUAUUCAUUGAUGAGAUCCACACUGUAGUUGGUGCAGGAGCUAGUGGUGGAGCGAUGGAUGCUGGAAAUUUGUUGAAACCAAUGCUUGGUCGAGGUGAGCUUCGAUGUAUCGGAGCAACCACAUUAAAUGAGUACAGGAAGUACAUUGAAAAGGACCCUGCUUUGGAACGUAGAUUUCAACAAGUAUUUUGUGAUCAGCCGUCCGUUGAAGACACAAUUUCUAUUCUCCGUGGAUUGCGUGAGCGCUAUGAACUGCAUCAUGGGGUCAAAAUAUCUGAUGGUGCUUUGGUUUCGGCAGCUGUUCUUGCUGAUAGAUACAUUACGGGACGCUUUUUGCCAGACAAAGCAAUUGAUCUGGUAGACGAAUCUGCUGCAAAACUUAAAAUGGAGAUUACCUCUAAGCCAACUAACUUGGAUGAGAUAGAUCGAGCCGUGCUCAAGCUCGAGAUGGAGAAGCUCUCUUUCAGAAACGGUACUGAUAAAGCAUCCAAAGAAAGGUUGGCCAAGCUAGAAAGUGACUUAGAAUCCUUGAAAAAAAAACAAAAAGAGUUGAAUGAACAGUGGGAGCGCGAAAAGUUACUAAUGACCCACAUAAGGUCAAUCAAGGAGGAGAUUGAUAGGGUAAACCAAGAAAUGGAAGCCGCGGAACGUGACUAUGAUCUUAACCGUGCAGCCGAGCUUAAAUAUGGAACACUGAUUAACCUUAAUCGCCAGCUAGAAGAAGCCGAGAGAAACCUUUCGGACUAUCAACAAUCUGGGAAAUCAAUGCUGCGUGAGGAAGUUACAGACAUCGACAUUGCUGAAAUUGUAAGCAAAUGGACUGGUAUUCCAUUAUCAAAUCUUCAGCAGUCGGAAAGAGAGAAACUUGUAUCACUGGAACAUGUUCUUCAUAAGAGAGUCGUCGGUCAGGAUAUGGCGGUGAAAUCUGUCGCAGAUGCAAUAAGACGUUCAAGGGCCGGACUUUCCGAUCCAAACAAACCUAUUGCAAGUUUCAUGUUCAUGGGUCCUACCGGUGUUGGUAAGACCGAGCUUGCAAAGGCCCUAGCCAGUUACCUCUUCAACACGGAGAAUGCUCUUGUGAGAAUUGAUAUGAGCGAGUAUAUGGAGAAACACGCUGUCUCACGGUUAGUUGGUGCACCCCCCGGAUACGUUGGCUAUGAAGAAGGCGGCCAACUUACUGAAACUGUGCGCAGAAGGCCAUACUCUGUUGUUCUUUUCGAUGAAAUAGAGAAGGCACACCAUGAUGUCUUCAAUAUUCUGCUACAGUUGUUAGAUGAUGGCCGAAUAACCGAUUCGCAAGGAAGGACUGUCAGUUUUACGAAUUCUGUUGUUAUAAUGACAUCUAAUAUCGGUUCUCAUUACAUACUUGAAACGCUUCAAGCCACGCAUGAUAGCAAGGAUGCAGUUUAUGAUUUGAUGAAAAGGCAGGUUGUUGAAUUGGCUAGGCAAACUUUCCGACCAGAGUUUAUGAAUCGUAUUGACGAGUAUAUCGUUUUCCAACCACUCGAUGCCACACAAAUCAGAGAGAUUGUUGAGAUUCAGUUGAAUCGUGUUAAAGCUAGGUUGAAACAGAAGAAAAUCGAUCUUUGCUACACAAAGGAAGCCACCGAUAUCCUUGGAAAACUAGGCUUCGACCCCAACUUUGGAGCACGGCCAGUGAAGAGAGUGAUACAACAGAUGGUGGAAAAUGAAAUCUCAAUGGGUAUACUCCGAGGAGAUUUUAACGAAGACGAUACUUUAAUAGUCGACCGUUGCCCAUCAGCUAAGGACGCUGUGCAUAUCAGGAAAGCGGGUAGCCAAUCGAGCAUUGAGGGCAUGGUUGCAGACGCUUAAAGAAGCCAUAGUUUUGGUCUUUCUGACCUGGUACAUAGAUCUGGUUACUUGUUAAGAUUGUCUGACAUGUCUUUUUGCAUGCUCAUGGAGCGACUAGUUAGCUGUUUCUGCUGCUAA